GUCGGGCACACUGCUGUUCGUCUUCAUGCAAGGAACUGAGGCCUAAGCUGAAGCACUGAGGUUACCAGCUCCGCGCAAAGCCAGCGUCAGCACGGGUGUGCGGGAGGGCGCGUGCGCAGUGCCGGGAGGGGACCUGAGCACUAGCUUGGAGAUAGUCAGGAAGGGAUGUCAGGGGCUCAGAAGGCCAGAUUAGUUGGAGUUGUGGUUGAGAAGCGUUCUGCUAUGACUAAGUCUGACAAGAUGCCCAUCUUGGUAGAUGACAUCAUGAAGCUUCUGUGCUCCAUUUCCCAGGAGAGGAAAAUGAAGGCAGCUGUCAAGCACUCUGGGAGGGGUGCCUUGGUUGCGGGGACAGUGGCCUUUGUCGGUGGUUUGGUUGGUGGCCCACCAGGAAUUGCUGUUGGGGGGACUGUUGGGGGCCUGUUAGGUGCCUGGAUGACGAGUGGACAGUUUAAGCCGGUUCCUCAGAUCUUAAUGGAGCUGCCCCCUGCCGAACAGCAGAAACUUGUUAACGAAGCCACGGCCAUCAUCAGGAACUUGGACUGGACAGAUGCUGUACAGCUCACUGCUCUGGUCAUGAGCAACCAGGCCAUGCAGCAGAAGCUCUUGGCCAUGCUCACCACCUAUGUCACCAAGGAGCUGCAGGCCGAGAUCCGCUAUGAUGACUAGGCUGCUCCCCCUGGGGGAUGGGCUUUCACUUGGAUGAUUCUAUGGCUCCUAGAAGGUGACCAGGGAAUGGAGGAUGCCUGGCAGGUACCUCUGCACAUCAUUAGCAUUGACUGUAUGCUGGAGUACAAGUACAUCCUGUUGGACUGUCCCCUGCUGAAGAGGCUUUGGCCAUGUGACAUGGGCUGUAUGUGUUAUGGAAAGGUACAGGCUGUUGGCAUCCACAAACAGCUUGGGAGUCCUCUUGAUCCUGUAGGUCUAAAAGAAGUUCUCUUAUAUUUUUGGUUGUGAGCCUUUAACGGCUGAGCCAUCUCUCCAGCCCAAGAAGUUCUCUUGUUGGCUGGCCAACUGUGCUGGAUGAUCUUCUUCCUGUGAAGGUACCUCUAAGUAUCUGUCACAGGAUUGGACCCCCUUAGGCUCUAGGGUCUUGGGGUUUAGAGCCAGCUCUUGCCAGGAUUGUGCUUACCUGCUGAGUGUUCCCCUUCUUCACCCAGGGACUUCCCAGUGGUCUCACGAUGACAGUGGUUCCUACUUUGAGUGAAGCCACAGAUACCAGGCAGUCUCCAUACUCCACCCUCCACCAUUGUUUAUGCCCAGGGUCUCUUGAGUAACUCUGGUUAAGCUUCUAGAGUCUUUUGUCUUCUUAUGUAAAAUCAUGGCACUUAUUUAUCUUUUACUUUUAUUGCCAAUUCUGGACCCUUUUUAUUCUCUACACUUUUUUUUUUUUUUUUUUGGUUUUUUGAGACAGGGUUUCUCUGUGUAGUUUUGCGCCUUUCCUGGAACUUGCUCUGUAGACCAGGCUGGCCUCGAACUCACAGAAAUCCGCCUGCCUCUGCCUCCCGAGUGCUGGGAUUAAAGGCGUGCGCCACCACCGCCUGGCAACUUUUGUAGUCUAAGUUAAUUAAACUCCAUUUCUUACUAUGUUACCUGGGCUGGCCUUAGACUCUUGGGCUCAAGUAAUCUUGCCACAUAGCUGGGACUGUAGGCUUGUGCCAUCAUACCCAGCUUUACCUCAAAGACUGUUCUGCACGCCACUUUAUCUAAGUUAGUUCUUCCAUGCUCUCUAUCCCAGCUCAGUUUCCUCUGGGCACUGGCUGCAGUCUACAAUUUACUUGUAUGAAAAGACAAAAUUAACAAUGAAUCCAGUUCAAAGAUCCUGACUGAGCUAGGUGCUGUGAUGCACACACUCACAGUCCCAGAGAAGUGAAAGGCCAAAGCGAGAGUGUCAUUGAGCUCAGGAAUUCAAGACCAACCUGGAUAACAUAGAGGAGGCCAGGAGAUAGAAGGUGGGGACAUCCCUCACCACCUUACUUGGCUUUCAUUUGCAGUCACAGAAUGGAGAUGCAGUGAAUGUUCUGAUGUGCUAGAGAGAGGAGGCUGACAGAGGAGGCCAAGGGAAAGCAGAAACAAAAGCAUUAAGGUUAAUUAACCCACGGGUAGGCAAGCACCUUAUCGCCCUGGAUGAAACUGUCUGUUUAGGGAUUUGACUAGCCUUUCCUAGAUUUCCCCAAGUGACAAAGGCUCAAACCUGACAAGUAGCUGGUUUGGUAUUUUUUUUUUCUUGUGGUGCUGUGGAUGGAACCCAGGAUCUUGCAUAAGCUUGGUAAAUACCACCAGUGAGCCCUGCUCCCAGCUCUCCUGUGGUAGAGCCAAGGCAAGUGCUGUCUGUACUGCUAAGCCUGGUCCCAGCCCUUGAGGGGCUCAAUUUUGGUUUGGCUUGGCCAAUUGGUCCUAGUGCUGGAGCUCAACCAAUGAUACCAUAUACAUUUUAUUAAACAUUUGAUACUUCUUUUUAUCCCCUAUUGGAGAUGUACACUCAGGGAGGGAAGGAGCUGUAUGUCUUUUUUUUUUUUUUUUUUUUUUUUUUUUUUUUUUUUUGGUUUUUCGAGACAGGGUUUCUCUGUGUAGCUUUGCACCUUUCCUGGAACUCACUCUGUAGCCAAGGCUGGUCUCGAACUCACAGAGAUCCACCUGGCUCUGCCUUGUGAGUGCUGGGAAUAAAGGCGUGCGCCAUCACCGCCUGGCUGAGCUGUAUGUCUUGAUCACCCCUCCAAUCUCCAGCUUGUUUCUGCUUGGGACCAUGGCUUUUAUGGGGUGGACCCUCAAUAAAUAUUUAUUUUUUAAAGCUA